AAUGAACCUAACUUAUAGAUGAGUCCUCUUGCCAACCAGCCAGCCGCUGGGACGAACAUAAACAUCCAGCUUCAAUACGCCGAUCGAUCAACCUUCGCGGAAUCAAACACUAGUUGUCUUGGUCUAACCACAUAAUGGACAACGUCAAGUUCGACGAGGCUACCCAAAAAGAGCUCACUACGUUCUUAGAACGUGAACAAGCUCAAGCUCGCAUCAACUCCACCGUGCAUAACCUAACAAGCAUGUGUUGGGACAAAUGUGUCACCGGCACUCCAGGGUCUCGCUUCGCCCGUGGGGAGGAGAGCUGCCUCUUGAAUUGUGUGGAUCGCUUCAUGGAUACCAGUUUAUUCAUCAUCAAGACCAUAGAGGCACAACGCCCGCAACAAUCAUGAGCUGCAACUUGUAUAGUACCAUACUUACCGCUCGACUUCGUCCGCCUAAUUGUUUACAUCAUCUCACCUCAUCC